AUGGAAACUAUUGACCACAGUGGUCAUGACGCAGACGCUGAAGGUACCUCGUCAGGCUAUGACUCAAGUGACUACUCCUCUGAUGAAGGCGUGAGCACGACCUCAAAAUCAAGAUCGUUCAGCCAAUCCAGUUCCAACCCAUCACAAGGCCGCUCUCACCCCUCACAGUCCUCCGGUCGGGGAGACGUCAUGAUGCUUAGAAGCACAGGGGACUUACAGGACAGCCUCUCCCUCAUCCUCAACAUGCCAGAUAUGUGUGACGUCACCUUUCUCGUUGGGAAGGAGAAGGCUCCUGUUCAUGGAGUCAAAGCCAUAAUGGCUACACGAAGCAGGUACCUAUAUCAGCUUUUGCUUCAACAUCAGAAACACUCCUCCUUGGAACGAUCAAAGACCAAAAAGAUCAAAGACUCAGCCUUUGCACAGAAACUCACCAUCAGCAUUCCUGACUACCAGAUUGGAGACUUUCGGGCGUUCCUCAAAUUCGUCCACUCAGGGAAAGCUAACAUCGAUUUUAACAAUGUGGUUGGAUUACUCUGUGCAUCUGUGGAAUUUGGAUUCUCCGACCUACAAACGGCCUGUAUGCAGUUUGUCCAGAGAUGUCAAAAUCAGGGACAUGGUCCAGCCCUUCUGGAUUUAGCCUGGACCUACCAAAACAAACGACCAGCACAGAAGCUCGUCUGUCAGUUCCCCAACAAGAGGAUGAACCAACAGCAGCAAGCCUGUUGUCCAAGACGACGAAGACGACGCCAAGAAGAAGACAUCAGUCACUGUCGCUCAGUCCCAUAA